UUAAAUUAAAAUGAGCGGUGCAGAUAAUUCGAAACAAGUGCCUCAACAAACUCAAGCUGCUGUGGCACCAUCAGAGCAAGCAAAGCCAAUGGGAAGAUUUCAAAGAUUAAAGGCUAAAAUUUCAGAAACUCCAAUGAACCUUGACUUUGAGAAACUUCGAAAUACAGACUGGAAGGCUCUCCGCAGAAGCAUAAUAAGAGUUGGGCCAGCUGACGAAAACGAAUUCAAUGCCUUUUCAACCAAAGCUUCUCCAGAGAAAGAACCGCCGCUGAUUAGUAAAGAAUUUAUUGAAAAAUACAAAAGCCUUGGGUUAGAAGAAUCCUAUAGUUACAAUGAAGAUGUAGUAGCUGAUUUUAACAGAAAAUAAUCUGACUCUUGAAGAACUAGAAUCAUUAGUACCAAUCCCUGGUGCUUUCUACAAAUGUAGGAACAAGGGAGGCGCAUCUUCAGUAGAUUUGGAUAAGAAUAACGUGUUCUACAAGCGAUGCUUGGCAACCUUUUCCCUUCUCAUAGUGAAUACAUACGUAGUGAUUACAAUUCUGUAUGAUGCUAAGAUCAUAUCUCCUGAGAAUAAACGAGUUUAUAGGCUAUUUCCUCUGAUUUCUUACCCAGGUGUAGUCCUUGGCUUCUGUGGAUUCUUAUUCUACAAGAACUCACAGAUGAAUAAGGAGCUUGAUAGGAAGUACACUCCUCUUUGGAAGCAUAUUUUGGAACAGACUAAGAAGGCAAAGGAAGCCAAUGAAGUGACUGAGUAAUUCAAUUCUGGAAAAAAUAAUUG